AUGACAUCCGGCGACAGUUCCCCUCCAGGGUCUCCCAGGCCCCCAGCUCCGAGACCGCCAUCCCCGACUCCAAACUGCACCCAUAACUGCGGUCCAAUCGAGCAGCCCGGGGUAGACUGGCGCCACUGGACUUGUCGCUGUGGAAACGGAUAUUACACUCCGGACCGAGUCUGGAUCUCGGGGUCCGACGUGCGCAAUGGGCGUAAACCACCAAGAAACCAGCAGCCCGCUGGGGACCGGGAGACCAGCGCAGGAUAUUCAAAAUAG